UGAUUGUUGUUUGUUGUUGUGAGCGGGAAUAACACAAAUAGACAUAGACAUAUAAUCUAGUACUAAAAUUUGCCUGAAUCAUGUCUAAAUCGAACAGUUGUUUAGAUCACAAUGACACUGACGUCACGCAGGAAGCCGGUAUCACAGCAGACUGGGAAAAUAAGACGAAGAAGCCUGGUGUCACUAGAAUACAUGUAUUAAGAGAUCAGACGGGACAAUCAUACGGAGAUGUCCUAGAUCUUCAUCGUCACACAAGUCACGACGAGCAGGGUGACCAAAGCAAGGAUACUACAUGUAAUACUCCUUUUACGACUGACCUAAAACCAAAAGAUGCCUGGGUAGAACCCGACAUGGCGCUAGACCAGUUUGUGUCCUCCGACACAAUAUAUAACGAAGAUGUCCUGAUCAGUGUUGUUGAUAAAAUUACACAGGAGAAAAAUGUCGAGACAGCUACGGAGAAGAGUUUGGUAACGUUCAUUGGAGUUUCGUCCAAGGAACCAACAAGCAGCCCCUCCGCUGGUUAUUCGAGACCACAGUGCAGACCCUCCAUCAUAUUGGUUAACGGCGAGUGGGUGAACUUGAACAAACAGCCAUGCAUAUUGGUCAGAUUUAAGCACAGGAUGGCACGUGUGUUCCGCCGAAUGAACCGCUGCUACGAGGAAAUGAUGCUUGAUCUAGUCAUGUUGCGCGCGCGUAUACAGGCUAAUAAGAAGCGAGACGAGGGACUACGCCAACAGAAUGUGUAAACUCGAUGCACCACGUGAUAGAAUCUAUGACGGAAGAGAGGAAUAUUGGGAUGUUUUGAAAGUUGAUUUAACGAAUUUAUUUAUUUACGUAUUUUUUAUUUUGUUAUCAUUAAAAUCGUUAUGA